CCGGAGGAGCUCGGUGAGCACGGGAUGAGCUGAGCCCAGCCCAGCCCAGGCCGGCGGCAUGGAGGAGGCGACGGAGGCCUAUGCCUAUGGGGACAACGACACGGAGUGCGAGUACGCGGAGUGGGGCCCCUCCCUGGCCCUGCUGCCCACCAUCUACCUGCUGGUGUUCCUGCUGGGCACGGCGGGCAACGGGCUGGUGCUCUGGACCGUCUUCAAGGGCGGGCAGGACCGGCGGCGCUCGGCCGACACCUUCAUCGCCAACCUGGCAGCUGCCGACCUCACCUUCGUGGCCACGCUGCCCCUGUGGGCUGCCUACGCCUGGCUGGGCUACCACUGGCCCUUCGGCACGGCCGCCUGCAAGGUCAGCAGCUACCUGGUGUUCGUCAACAUGUACGCCAGCGUCUUCUGCCUGACGGGGCUGAGCUUCGACCGCUACCUGGCCAUCGUGCGGCCGCUGGCCACCGCCAAGCUGCGCUCCCGGGUCAGCGGGCUGGUGGCCACCGUGGCCCUGUGGGCGCUGGCGGCGCUGCUGGCGCUGCCGGCCCUGGUGCUGCGGCGCGCGGCCGCGCUGGGGGGGGACACCAGGAUCACCUGCUACAUGGACUACGGGGGCCUGGCGGCGCCGGGCACCGAGGGCGCCUGGGAGGUGGGGCUGGGGCUCUCCUCCACCGCGCUCGGCUUCGUGGCCCCCUUCGCCGUCAUGCUGACCUGCUACUUCUUCAUCGCGCGCACCGUGGCCAGCCACUUCCACCGGGAGCGGGCCGAGGGGCCCCGCAAGCGCAAGCGCCUCCUCACCAUCAUCACGGUGCUGGUGGCCGCCUUCGGGGGCUGCUGGCUGCCCUUCCACCUGGUGAAGACCCUCUACGUGCUGAUGGACCUGGGCGUGCUGCCGUGGUCCUGCGGCCUCCACACCUUCCUCAGCAACCUGCACCCCUACUGCUCCGGCAUCGCCUACAUCAACAGCUGCCUCAACCCCUUCCUCUACGCCUUCUUCGACCGGCGGUUCCGCCGCGCCUGCGCCGCGCUCCUGUGCUGCCGCCCCCCCGGGCCCGGCACCGAGCGCUCCGCCAGCUACUCCUCGGGCCAAGGGGGCAAGGGGGCGCCGGCGCCGGGGGGCAAGCUGGACCCCGCCACCCAGGAGACGCUGUUCCGCACCUAAACCCCCCCGGUGCCCCCCGAGCUGGUCUCCUUGGGGGGGACCCCACCUCCUCCUGCCCCGGAGCCUGGCUUGCUCUGGGGUCCUGCUUGUGGGAAGGGAAAGCUGUGGCAGGGGCUGGGCAGAGCCCCCGGGGGGCUCAGGCAGCGGCGCCCCCCCCAGCACCCGCCGGGCUCGGGGUUUUGUGACAAAUAAAUGGAUUUUGGUUAAAAAAG